GACAGCUCCCACACGGCUGCAGGCAUGUUCACCCGGAUGCUCAAGCUGAGGCUUCUCAAUGCUGUAGCCCCUGCAUACUUUUUCACGGCGACAGUGGUCACCUUCAUCCUGCACUUUGGCUUCUUCAUGCCAACUAUCUUCCCCAGCCCUGACACUUCGCCAGGAGGGUCCACAACUGUUCACACGGUCAUUUUCCUUUUCCUGAUGUUCAACGCCCUUGGGAAUUAUACGAUGACUAUCCUGUAUCCUGCAGCGAGUGCCAAUGAGACGGCGGUCCCGGUGUGUUCCCCGCACUGCUCAGACAAAGUGGACGCGCACUACCUCCUGAAUGGCCGGCACUUCUGCAAACUGUGCAAGAAGGUUAUACUCAAACGGGAUCACCACUGCUUCUUCACCGGGAAUUGUAUUGGCAACAAAAACAUGCGCUAUUUCAUCAUGUUUUGCAUCUACACUUCGUGCACUUGUUUGUACUCGCUGGUUCUUGGUGUGGCCUUCCUCACAGUGGAGUACUCCAUCUCUUUUGAGAACCCGCUGACCUUCCUGACCCUUCUCCCCCUCUCCAUUGGUUACUUCUUCACGGGAACAAUCUCCGGCCUGCAGCUCUUCCUGGUCCUGAUGCUGUAUGUGUGGCUGGGCAUCGGGCUGGUGUGUGCAGGCUUCUGCUGCCAGCAAGUACUGUUGGUGGCCCGGGGUCAGACCUGGUGUCAGAUGCAGAGGGGGCAGCUUGUGGAGAAUCGCAGCCCCUGGAGAAGCAACCUUACGGAUGUGUUUGGCACCAACUGGGCGUUAGGCCUCAUUUUGCCUGUGCACACAGCGGAGAUGUGCUCUGAGGAGGCAAUCAAGCAAGACUGAGCAUUAAUCUUAUUAUUAAUUUAUCAGCACCUUCCAAUAGGUCACACGAACAACAAUUUGUAAUAAAUGCUCUGUAGGGCAAAUCAUUUACAUGCAAAUACAGAGGAACCUCUAAAAUCACAAAAAAAUUUAGUUGGAAAGGUUUUAUUAUGUGACAAUUUAUUAUUUCCUACGGGAAAAGUAGUUUGUUGCUGAAAGAAUUGACCAGUGUCCAUAAUGGAUUGUUUUUCUAAUUUCAAAACACUUAAAAAAAAAAGAACACAUAUACAUCGUAAUAAUAGCGACACAUUAUCCAUUGUAUAAUAAAACUAAGAUCAAUUAAAACUACUUACCCCUUGAAGAAAGACACCUAAUGGAGAGGGAACAUCUAUGUAGAAUGAUAUGUCACGUAAAGGUGUUUUAGAGCUAUUUCUGGACUGAAUAAAUAUGUCAGAAUUAGCCAAGAUCUAUGAAGUACAGUGAACUCCGCAUAUUCGCAGUUUGGUAUUUGCAAAAUCAUCUAGUCGCAGAUUUAUUUUGGGGGGGAGCCUAUCCUUCUUUAUUUGCUG